AUGUCGUCUCCUUCUGUACCGCUCCUCCGCCCACCGGUUCCUAGCAACCGCAGCAACACCAGCAGUCCUCGAGCCCCAAGACUCACCUUAGGCAUCCCCCCGUCGCCCAACGCCAAACCCGUCAAUGGUACCGGCCCUGCUCCCGGCCCUGCCGCUGGAAAUGAUGCACCGCAACUGCAGCUGCCACAACCUGUCUCCCGGCCAGCUCUGCCUCGACUACAACUAGCUACCCCAAUGGGUAGCAGUCAGAGUGUCCCGCAGGAAUCAACUCUGAAGCCAAACGGUCGGCCGGCCCCACCACCGCUGACCACGAACUUGAAUGGGCAGAAUAAUCUGGAGACCAAAGGCAGCGGUCCGACGUCAGCGAAUUCUUCAUACUCGGCUCUCUCGUUCGCGAUGGGUCUCCGCCAACCAGCGGGCGGUAACUCUGACCCCUCCUCGGCUAUCAGUUCGGUGUAUUCAGAUCGCGACGGCGGUGUACAAAUGGAGCGUGAGAACAGUGUGAAUGGCUUGCUACCGGACCUAGAUAAGCUGAGUUUGGAAAAGGGCCGGCCUUUGGAUGUGGAGGACUUGGACGACGAGGGCGAAGGUGCCGGCGGUGCUGUCACUCGAUGCAAAUUGAAGGAUGGAAAAACGGUAUUUGCAUUGAAGAUUAUCACUACGGAUCCCAACCCCGACGUGAAAAAGCAGAUUGUUCGCGAACUCAACUUCAACAAGGACUGCGCGUCGGAUCAUAUCUGUCGCUACUACGGCGCCUUUAUGGACAAGUCUACGGGCACGAUUUCGAUUGCCAUGGAGUUCUGCGAAGGUGGAAGUCUUGACAGUAUCUACAAGGAGGUCAAGAAGCUUGGUGGUCGGACCGGAGAGAAGGUCCUCGGCAAGGUUGCGGAGGGCGUUCUUAAUGGACUGACCUACCUACAUGGCAGAAAGAUCAUCCACAGAGACAUCAAGCCUUCCAACAUUCUCCUGUGCCGGGACGGUCAAGUCAAGCUCUGCGAUUUCGGUGUCAGCGGCGAGUUCGGCACCAAGGGCGAUGCGAACACCUUUAUCGGCACUUCUUACUAUAUGGCUCCAGAACGUAUCACUGGUCAAUCAUACACCAUCACCUCUGAUGUCUGGUCACUGGGCGUGACUCUUCUGGAAGUUGCACAGCACCGAUUCCCCUUCCCCGCAGAUGGAACGGAGAUGCAACCCCGCGCUGGUCUCAUCGAUCUUCUCACCUAUAUUGUGCGACAGCCGAUCCCUAAACUGAAGGAUGAGCCGCAGAACAAUAUUCGCUGGUCGGAUAAUUUCAAGUACUUCAUUGAAUGCUGUCUUGAAAAAGAACCUCCUCGACGCGCGACACCCUGGCGGAUGCUGGAACAUCCCUGGAUUGUGGACAUGAAGAACAAGAAGGUCAACAUGGCAAACUUUGUGAAGCAGGUGUGGGACUGGAAAGAUUGA